AUGGAGUUCAUUCGUCGACUGACACCAAGGCUCCCGAGGGCAUCUUUGGGACUUUCUUCCCCACUGAAUGUACGCUUCAAUUCAGGGCUGCGUGCGGGCAUCGUGCUCCGCGACUACCAAGAAGAAUGCAUCCAAUCCGUACUGAAGUACCUCGGCGAGGGCCAUCGGCGCCUCGGGAUUUCGCUCGCGACAGGAGCAGGCAAGACAAUCAUCUUCACGCAGCUGAUUAGCCGGAUCCCUCCCCGCGACGCAACAGCCACCAAGACCAUGAUCAUUGUCCAUCGGCGCGAGCUGGUCGAGCAAGCUGCAAACCACUGUCGCCAGGCUUACCCGGAUCAAAUGGUGGAGAUUGAAAUGGGUGAGAAUGUCGCCACAGGACAAGGAGAUAUUAUAAUUGCGUCGGUGCAAACACUUGCGCGGGGGCGCAUCCAGAAAUUCGAUCCGCGUGAGUUCAAACUCGUCCUGGUCGACGAGGCACAUCACAUUGUUGCCCGGUCUUACCGCGACACCCUUGCUCAUUUCGGGCUGAACGAGCCCUCUGCCACCGCACCGACGCUAGUUGGCGUCUCGGCCACGUUUGCGCGGUUCGACGGUCUCAAACUGGGUGCUGCUAUUGAUCAUAUCGUCUAUCACAAGGACUAUGUGGAUAUGAUGGGGGAGGAGUGGCUGGCCAACGCGGUGUUUACGACGGUUAAGUCGGGAGCUAACCUGUCAAAUGUUAAGAAAGACAAGUUUGGGGACUUUGCUCUCGGAUCGCUUUCCCAGGCCGUCAACACCGCCGGCACCAACUAUAUCACUGUCCGUGCAUGGCUGGCAAAUGCGCAGGACCGCAAGUCCACCUUGACUUUCUGCGUGGACGUGGAGCAUGCUCGGCAGUUGACGGGGACCUUUCGCGAUCACGGCGUGGAUGCUCGGUACAUCACAGCCGCCACCCCAAAAAAUACCCGUGCAGAGCAACUGCGGGCUUUUCAGAAUGGUGAAUUUCCAGUGCUACUCAACUGCGGUCUUUUCACCGAGGGCACAGACAUCCCCAACAUUGACUGCGUGCUCCUAGCGCGCCCGACGCGAUCAAGAAACCUGUUGAUCCAAAUGAUCGGUCGAGGGCUUCGGCUGUUCCCAGGUAAGAAAGACUGCCAUAUCAUUGACAUGGUCGCGUCCCUAGAAACCGGGGUCCUGUCGACCCCGACACUAUUUGGGUUACACCCCGACGAAGUUCUGGAGCAGUAUAGUGUGAAAGAAAUCCGCGAGGGCCACGGCGGAAUUAGCCCGGCCCAAUUAAACAUCGAAUUACCCGAUGACACCAACCUCAAAUUCACCAAGUAUGACAGCGUCUACGACCUUCUUGAGGACAUGCAAUCGGAAAGACACAUCCGCUCGCUGAGCCCGCACUCCUGGGUCCAGAUCCACGAGUACAAGUACAUAUUGUCCGAAGCGUCCGGGUGGAUGGCAAUAGAGAAAGGAGACGAGAUGUGGGACGUGCACCACGUCAUGAAAUUCAAAAGCCCCGUCGACACCCUGCAGUUCAGCCGUCCGCGCCACGUCGCCUCGGGCCCGGACCUGGAAACAGCCGUGCGGGCCGCGGACACGUAUGCCAGCAAAAAGUUCGAGGAGCGGUACAUUUCGUCAUGGAAGCCCUGGCGGCAGGCCCCGGCCACCCCGUCGCAAAUUGCCAUGCUGAACCAGGCGCGCAUUAGGCAAGGCACGGUGCAGCCGGGUGAUUUGACGCGCGGUCAGGCCGCGGAUAUAAUUACCAAGUUGAAGUUCGGGGGCAAGAAGCGGUUCAAGCAGCUUGAGAUGGAGCGACGCCAGAAGCAGCGUGCUUACGAGGCUUCGUCGGAGUUGCGGAGGAGAACCGAUGUCAAGGUUGGACCAGUGGAAAGUUGA